GCUAUGAAUUCGCAACUUUGAGUAGAAGUAGGUUACGUGUUGUCUCGCGGAUGUGUUUGCUGUAGAAGUUAAAUGUAUAAUCAUGUCUGGGUCUCAAGGAGUCACUGCUUUGUGUGAAAAUCCCACAGAAGUGUUUUUGGAUGUUUCUAAAUUGCUCAUUACAUACGCGGACAAUAUUCUUAGAAACCCAAAUGAAGAUAAAUACAAAUCAAUCCGUAUCGGAAAUCCAACAUUUUCCACCAAGCUUCUACCUGUGAAAGGAGCCGUUGAAUGUCUCUUUGAGAUGGGAUUUGAAGAGGCUGAAACCCACCUGGUGUUUCCGAAGUCUGCAUCUGUGGAGAGGCUGAGGCAGGUGCGGGAGACAAUUGCAGCAGAAAGGGACCAGAGACUUGGUGCUAGUAAAGCUGCAUCCAGCCAACAAAGUGCCAGAGUUCCUCCAAGUCCUCCUCCACCACCACUACCCUCCGCUUCUUCUUCCUCCGCCGUCCCUACACCUGCACCAGCUGCUCUGCCAUUCACCUUGAGCCGCGUGACAUUUCUUAAGACUCUGCAGUCAAACUUCCAGCAUGUGUUGAUAUACGAGAGCCCCGAGUUGCAGCAGAAGGCUCUGAACUGCAUACCUCAUGAACUGCUCAGAUCCAGAGCUGAAGAACGCUUGAAACAAGCCAAGGAUGCGGAACCAGCAUGUAAUCUAGGUGAGGAAGACAUGUUAGUUCUAGAGCUGUUGCAGUGGUUCAAAGGGGACUUCUUUUCUUGGGUGGACAAUCUGCCAUGUAGCCGAUGUGGAGGUGCAACCCAGCCUUCCGGAUCCCUCCCACCCUCAAAUGAUGACCUACGCUGGGAUGCAGGCCGUGUAGAAAACCACUAUUGUCACACCUGCCAACUCUCUACUAGAUUCCCAAGGUACAUCAGCUUUUUCAUUACUAUCAGCAAGUUGCCCUGUUAAAGGGAUAGGAUAGUUCACCCAAAAAUGAAAAUUUGAUGUUUAUCUGCUUACCCC